AUGCCCGAUCAUAAAGAAAAGGACAUCGACAAACUCACGAACAUCGUGCCCAAGCUCAAAGGAAAACAAAACUUUCCUCGCUGGCGCGAGUUUCUCGAACUCGCUUGCAGGCAUUACGACAAACACCUCUGGCAAAUUGUCACUGGACAAAAUCUUUGCCCUGAGGGCCCAGUCGAUUACGCCGACAACGAAAUCCGCGACCGCGCAGCGGCAGACUACAAUGUCAACGUUGCUACACAAGAACAAAUUGAUGAAUGGACUACUGUCAACAUCGAUAACGUUAAUGCGGACUAUGAUGAAUGGACUAGGCUAUCCGACGCUGCAAAUCUACUCAUCUUCGCUACCAUCGAAGACUACUGCAUCUCAAUGAUCUCCGGUCUUCACACAGGCCCAGAAGCCUACGCUGCGCUCCUCAAGGCCUAUGGACAAACUACACCCGAUACCAUGAGAAUCAAAUUCGACAUACUCAUGAACUGCACUUUCCGAGUCAACGGACAUCCUGACGCAUUCCUUGGUGCCUGGCGCAAAGCUCUCAAUGAUUAUCACUCUCUCGUGACCAAGGAUGAACAUAUCCCAAGGACACUUCAGUAUAUGCACUUCGUUCGUGCUGUACAGGCAAAUCCCGCUACAGAAACCUGGGUUGCAAUCCACCAACCAGACCUGGCCUCACCCUCUCUUAUGGAAGACACAUUCACAAGCUUCCUCAACCACCUACACUCUAAAUACAAAGCCCAAACCUCGUUAUCCGCUUCAAUGACAAGAAACGACAGAGAAAGAGGCACUGGACGAGGCCGCGGAACUGGACGUGGUGGUCAGGGGGGACAACAUGGAGGACAAAGAGGGAAUUACGGUGGACAGGGGGGCUCAAACUUCGAGUCAAAGCAGCCUCUAAAGAAGAGAACCUUCUGUGAGUAUCACAAACGUGAAUGCCACCACACUACGGAAGAAUGCUCUCAAAACCCGAACAGACACGAAAAACCAACGACUCAGGGAGCAUCAGCAGCCACUCAACCCCCAGAAUAUAAGGCAAGUUGUGCUAGAGUACACAGAAUCGGGGAAUUCGACGCCGAUUCGUAUUUCAAAGCUGCUCAAGCCGCCUCCCUCCACAACAGUCAAGGCUCUACCUUAGAGUCAACACGUACCAACACCGAUCCAGGCGUGUCUACUUCAGAGUCAAUCAAAACAGCAUCAAAAGCUACACUAAACAGGGAAGUACCAAUCACAGACUGGAUGCUGGAUUCAGGAGCCACAGCACAUAUGACACCUCACAGAACAGUCUUCUCUACCUUCACACCUCGCCGGGAACCAGUCUACUUGGCAGACAACCACACCCUAUGGACAGAAGGCUAUGGAGACGUUUACCUCUCAGUUGGUACAGGACCUGACACUGGACAAAUCGAACAACUACACCUCGUUCAAGUCUGGCUGGUACCAGGUCUAGCCAAGAACCUGGUAUCCACCUCUAGACUCACUGAUAAACACACAAAUGUUCUUAAUUGCUGUGAUUACUCUCUCAUCCUACGGGAUAACAAAACCAUUGCCUACGCGUACAAGAGAUACCACGAGUAUUGGUUUUACAACCAGAACAACUCACACUUGUAUUCAUCACUGGCAAAACUCAACCUCUUGGCAUACUCAUCCUCAGCUGGAAGAAAUGCCAAGACAAUCACACCUAUCAACAUGCACCUGGCACAUCGUCGAGCAUGUCACGCUGGCGAACAAAAGGUUUCACGCAUGACAACCCAUUCGCUCGGCAUUGACAUCAAAAAGGGAACCGGUAUUCAGAAACCCUGUGGUCCUUGCGUACAAGGCAAAGGUCAUUCUCUUCCCUUUGGCCGCCCUAAACACAUCACCUCGAAACCAGGACAAGUCAUUCACACUGACGUCUGGGGACCGCUAUCAGUCAUGGCACAAGGCCAAUUCAAGUACUUCGUUCUGUUCAUAGACGAAGCCUCACGGUUCUGUUGGCUACAGCUUCUCAAAUCACGAGAUGAAGUGCUUCAAAAGUACAUAGAACUUGAAAGAUACUUACUCACUCAAUUCGGAGUCCGAGUCAAAAAGUUGCAUGGCGACAACGCCAAGGAAAACAUUCCUCUCGAAACUCACUGCAAAGCAAACGGAAUGAUUUGGGACCCUUCUCCACCAUACACUCAUCAACUCAAUGGAAUACCAGAAUCCAAGAAUCGUUUUCUUAUAGAGCCACUGAUUUCAAUCAUGACAGAACAUCAGUUGCCCAAACAUCUUUGGGGCAUACUCUUACAGGGAAUCAACUACACAUUCAACAGGCUAUGGCACUCCACGAUUGACAUGACUCCUUAUGAAGCACUCUAUGGUCACAAACCUGAUAUCUCAAACCUGAGAGCACUUGGAUGUCAAGCGUGGUAUCUUGUCGACAAGACAAACCGACCAACCAAACUUUCACCACAUAUGAUGGAAGGUCGCCUUAUUGCCUAUGGGAAUGACUGA